AGUGAAUGAAAAAAUGAACAGCCAUUUUGUCUUUAUUAAUAACAUAAAUAUAAACAAUAAUUAAUUGUAAAAUUAAUAUAAUUUAUUAUUUAAAUAAUUAAUAACAAUUUAUCUUGUAUUUUUUAAAUUAAAGCAUAUAUAUUUUUGAGUAAUUUAAUUUAAAAAAAUGAAUAUAUUAAUAAUGGAAGAAGAAAAAAUAAAUAAAGAUAAACAAUUGUUUACUGAUGCAUUUAAUAUUUGUUGGGAAUUGUUAAAAGAAAAAAAUUAUUAUUUAAAUGAUCGUGAAAAUGUUAGUUUGUAUUCUGAUACAGCUCUUAAUUAUGGUGAAAAUAUGUUUGAAGUUAUGGUUGUGAUAUUAAGAAAUAUCAUAACAUCAAAUAUUAAUAAAAUACAUGUUAAUGAUACACCAAUUUAUCAACAAACAACACCUGAUAAUUGUAAUGAUUUUUAUAAUUAUAAUAAUAUUGAUGCUGCAAUUGAUGCAGUUGUUAAUUCUCGUGAUUCAUAUGAAAAGGAUAAUGCAAAUAUUGAUGCUGCAAUUGAUGCAGUUGUUAAAUCUUGUCAUUCGUAUGAAAAUAUUGAUGAAGAAGCAACAGUUGAUACAGCCAGAAUGUUUAAACCAAAUGAAGAAGAAAGAGAUAUUGUAAAUAGAAAUUAUAACAGAAUACAAGGAGUGAUACAUUAUGGAUCCACUGCAACGACUUCAUCAAAUGACAAUAAUUUAUGUGCAUCAAAAUCGAAUGAAUUUAUUGGAAAUAAUGAAACGAAUUUAUUGAAAAGAAAUUAUAUGGAUACUGAUAUUGAUAUUAAAAAUGAACCAAUUGAUAUUGAAGAUUUUAUUGGAAUAUUUAAUAUACCACAAAAGGAAAAAUCAACAGAAGAUCUAGAUGAUCAAAGAAAUAAAAAUGAUUCAUAUGCUAAUAAAAAUAAAUUGCUUAAUGAUUAUGUUCAUAGAAAAUGCAUAGAGCAUAAAAAUAGUGGAUACAGAUUGACACAUGAAGUUGUUAGAAAUUUUGGAUAUGAAGCAGCUUAUAAAUUAAAUAUGCAAAAUCUUAAUUUUGCUGGUGGAAUAAGUUGGUUACGUAAUUUUAAAAAUAUUUAUAAUAUUACUGGUGAAGAUUUUGAUUUGAAAAUAAAUGAUUUGCCAAAAAAAGAUGAAAAUAUUUCGACAAAAUUGAUAAAAACAAAAUGUCCACAUUGCAAUUUGAAAGGAGAUAAUUUGCUAAAAAGAGAUGAAAAUAUUUCGAAAAAAUCAAUAGAAAAAAAUUGUCAAAAUUUCGAUUUAAAAAUAGAUAAUUUACCAAAAAAAGAUCAAAAUAUUUCAACAAAAUCAAUAGAAAAAAAUUGUCAAAAUUUCGAUUUGAAUAUAAAUAAUUUACAAAAUAAAGAUCAAAAUAUUUCGACAAAACAAAUAGAAAAAAAUUGUCAAAAUUUCGAUUUGAAUAUAAAUAAUUUACCAAAUAAAGAUCAAAAUAUUUCGACAAAACCAAUAGAAAAAAAUUGUCAAAACAAUUCAACUACAGACAGUGUGAACACUCCAACGAUAAAAGAUUCAAGGGAAAAUUUAGAAAAAAAAAUGGAAAAUGCAAUUCGUUAUGAAAAAAAAGUAAAAUUAGUUGAUUUGUCAUAUAAAAAUCCAACUUGGUCAGUAAAAAAAUUGAGAAAAACAAGUGGUGCUACAAAUAUAUCAUCAGUAGAACGUCUAGAAAAAUGGCGAAAUCAAUUGAAAAUUAAAAAAACAAAAAGCGAAAUGUUUCAGCUAAUAAAUAACUGGGUUUAUAAAAAAAUAAUUGAUUAUGAAAAUAAAUAUGAAAUAACAGAUAAUCAAAUAAAACAAUGGUCAAUUGAAGCUAAAAAAAAAUUUAUGUUUAAAAAUUUACAUUUAUCAUCAUCAUCAAAUAAUUGGUUGAAACAAUUUAAACAAAAUUUCGAAUUAACAUGUCAUUAUUUCGAUUUAAAAAUUAAUCCUAAUAAUGGAUCAAUUGAAGAAUCAUCUGCAAAAAAAAUUCACAUACCACAUGAGCUAAAAGUCAAGGUUGUUAAACUUUCAAAUGAAAAACCAAGUUGGAAUAUUGAUGUUUUAAAAAAUCAUACUGAUUGUGUUGAUCUUAAUAGUGAUAAACAACUAGAUGAUUGGAAAAAAAAAAUUAAAAAAGAACAAUCAAUACGUGAUAAAUAUGAUAAAAUUUAUAAUUUUAUUUAUGAUAAAUGUUCUAGCCAUAAAAAUAAACGUAAGUAUAAAAAAAUUACUCGUAAAAUGUUGAUUGAUUGGAGAGAUGAAGCAAAAAAAGAUUUUGGUUUUCAUGAAUUACCUGAUGUUGAAUUUAGUCCUGAAUGGAUUUCUAAAUUAAAAAAACAAUUUUUAAUGGAAUAAAUAUUAAACCAAAUAAAUUAAUUGACUUUUUUAAUUUUUACAUUUUUUUAUCAACAAAAUUUAUCCUCAAAAACAUCAAUUGUUCUUCAAGCAAUUUAUAAAUUUUAAUUUUACACUUGUUUUAAAAAAUAAUUCACCUUUUUUCAUUAUAAAAAGAAAAUUAAUUUACCAAAAAUUAAUUAAUAAUAAAUGAACAGAAAAAUAGUAAAAAAAAAUUAAAUUAAAUCUAAAUGUUUUAUUGAUAGCUCAUUUUUAAUUUUUUUUUUUAAUUUAAAAUUUAGUAAUCUAAAAAAUAAUAACAAUUCAUGAUAUUAUCAUGAUUAUUAAUAUGACAAUUAUUAUCGUAGUAAUUUGCAGUAGUCAAUGCUAUAUUUGCAGCUAUUUUUUUAUGCUGUGGGCCUAGUGGUAAACAUACAGAACAAUUUUUACUCUGACAUUUUUUAAAAUGUGAUAAUAUUCUUCUGGAUGAUCUACAAAGUGGUACUAAACAUUGUUCAUCAUCUUUACAUGUUCUCAUAUGAAUCAAUGCAUUUUUAAAUUUCGUGCAAGGUGGUAAUGAACAACUUGUACCAUUUGUUGAUUCACGUCGACAUGCACGAGCAUGUAUUAAUAAGAAAAGAUGUUGUUUAAUUAAUAUUUCACGAGUUACCUGUGCAGUAUUUGUUUCUGUAUUAUUAUUAGCUAAUUGAACUUGUGCUGGCGGUUGUUGUCCAGCUCGUAGAUUAUCAGUGAAUGUUGUUGGUAAUCUUCGUUGUACCAUCUUUUCUGGAUGAUUAAAACUAGCUAUUGAUAAUUCAUGAGCUUGUUUACAUUUAACACAUGGACAUCCUCGUAAUUUAAGUAUCAUUUUCCUUGUUGAAUUACAAUCUGGUACUGGACAUUCAUCUCUAUCUGUACAUGUUUGCUGAUGUGUCAAUAAAUUUUUCAUUUCUCGGCAAUUUGGAAAUGCACAGUUCAAUGAUUCACCAUUUGUUGAUUCACCUUCAGAUUUUUUACAGCUAACAGCAUGUAAGAGUGCCGAAACUUUGUCAUUUGAAUAAAAAUUUUGUUGUGAAUAACGUAGUUGUUCAUCUGGUCGUAGUGCUCUUAUUGUUAUAGCUGGUUGAGGAACACCCAGUUGAUGACUUACACUUGGUAAAUUUGAAUUCAUUAUUCUAAAAGUAUUUAUAAGAUUGUUUCAAGUAAUUAUUAUACUAUUAUCACCAGGUGUAUCAGGUGAUGUCUGAUAUGAUUUUGCCACAUCUCUUCUAGCUUUUUU